GUCCCUCUAGCGACUACUUCCGCCUCGUCCAGCAUCGUGGCGCGCUAACGUUUACUUUUCGUGUGUUUCCUCCAUUUUUUUUUGUGUAACGAAACGACAACACUAAAUCGUGCCGAAGCCCUCUCGCGCAUGUGCACACUUUAGGUGUCACGGAGCGCAAGAUCAAUUCAAAAUUUCCCUUAGAAACGCUACACCUAUAAAAGUCAGUCAUCUGCGGAAUGAAAUUAACGCACACUUUGAUUUUACACAUGAAGUAAUAGCGAAAGUAAUAUUAAGAGGGCGUUAUUAGUUAGUUGUGUUGUCAGUGGUGUGAACGAUUCGUUCAAAAUAAAAGAAUUUUUGAGAGAACGAAAACAUGUGAUUCAUUCGAUAUAGAAAUAACGUUGGAGUGGAGGUUAACGACUGAAAUGUACGAGUGGCAUGUUUGCCUCACGAUAUUCUUUGGCCAGUGCGGCACCACCAUCGUAGUGGAGUAUCUGCCACAGCAAUACCCUUUGCGCUAGCGCCCCUUGGCCCUUGCACAAGUGAUAGAAACUGUGGAUCAAAGACUAUAAAUAGAAGAUAGAAUAUAGCUUUAACGUGAUGGAGGAUCUUCAACUUCGUCACCGGAACGAGAAGAAAGAUCUUCAAAAUAAAAUUCAAGCGCUCAAAAAGACUGUUACGAAAGGGGACAAGAAAAAGAAGAAGGAAGUGUCUGAAGAAAUAACUAGACUCGAAACUGAGAUUCAAAGUCGGCACUGCCAAGAGUUAUCGGAGCUUAACAUUUCUAGUCAUGAGGCGGCGGGAGAUCCCGUCGAGCUGGAGCCGGCGGUCGCGGAGGACGACUGCGCGGAGGAGCCGGCCGGCAACCCGCAGAGGGUCAGCAAGGCGCGCAAGAGGCGGGACAGGAAGGCCGUGAAGGAGAGAGAGCGGGAACAGCUGAUCAUGGCCCAGGAGGAGGAGAACAAGACCGGCGCGAGGAACACGGAGAUGCAGACGAUCAAACGGUUGCUGAGGGCGCGGGGACUGGCGGUACACGAGAUACCUUCCGACGGCAACUGCCUGUACGCGGCGGUGGACUUCCAGAGGAAGUUGGCAGGACUGCCCCACCUGGGGCCGGAGCGGCUGCGGCAGGCGGCGAGCCAGUACCUGCGCGGCCACCGCGACGACUUCCUGCCGUUCCUGAGCCACCCCGACUCGGGGGAGCCCCUCACGGAGCAGCAGUUCGAUGAGUACUGCGCCCGGACCGCCGACACGCCCGCGUGGGGCGGCCAGGUGGAGCUGAGGGCGCUGUCGCACGCGCUGCGCUGCCAGAUCGAGGUGGUGCAGGCGAGCGGGCCGCCCAUCGUGCUGGGGGAGGAGUACGGGGGGGGCGGCCCGCGCCUGGUGGUGGCCUACCACCGCCACAUGUACGGCCUGGGCGAGCACUACAACUCCGUGAGGCCCCUCGCGCCGGGCGAAGACGGUGACCCAGACGACCCUCCGCAAGAGGUCGUCGGACCCUGAGCCCGCCCCGAGUUGCAGUGGGUGUGUUCGCUUGGUUUCAUCCCUCGACCUUUCAGUUUCAAAAACUACUUUGGGAAAAAAAUAGCCACCCAAAUUUGUGAAAUGUAACAUAUUUAAUUAUUUGUAGCUGCUCAGUUUGAGUUGUUACUAUUUUUAUUUAUUUUACACGCACUAUUGCGGGCAGUUAAGAAACAAUGUGUGCUGCCUCGAAAAAUUUUAUUUGUGUGUGUGUUUGUACAAAUAAAAUCACUAUUUAUUUUUCUCAA